AUUUUUUUUUUAUAUUAGCCUUGAAGUGUCACUGACAUUUAGUAAGUUUACAAUGUAAAGAAUAAAACAGGCACAAAGAUUUUAUACUAUAGUUGUUUCCACAAAUAAACGAAAGUAUAAUAGCUAUUGAGCCUGGCAGAGAAGGAAAAUUAAGGAUAUCCAUUAUUAACAAUUAAGUCACAGGACACCUGAAAAAGGCCUAGCUAUAAAAAAUGUAUGGCACCAGUUCUCACUCAUGACCAGUGUAGCAACAUUACCCCAUGAACUGUUGUUUUUCCCAUCACAUAUGCUCAGGGGACAUGUGCAUUUAAAGUCACCAUGUCGAGUGUUUCAGAACAAACUGAAGGGUGGUCGAACAAUUAUUGCAGUCUCAAAGUGUAGUUAGGCUUACAGGUUACGAAAACAGUAAGAUUUUCUUUCAUUUUUAACCUUUGUUGAAGUUGCUUCGACUGUGAACAGCGUCAUGUUAAACCUACCACCCAAAAUUUAUAAAAAAUGAUAAACUCGUAGGCAGGAAGAAAAACAAACACCUAGACUAUUGCUGCUCGUCUCAUUGCCGCAUAAACCCUCGGAUACGGUACAAUAGGUGUGGCAUCAUCAACAGGUGUGUUUGGCUUAGUCACUAUAGGAGCAUCGGAAAAUCUGCUCCCGAAAGAGUACAAUUGCAAUUGCCUGUUUAUAAUCGACCAACGGUACCUGAGAGAUGUCCAACUGGGGAUUCCUGGAGAAUGUCCUGAGCGGGGUGAAUAAGUACUCCACGGUCAUCGGGCGAAUCUGGCUCUCCAUCGUUUUCAUCUUUCGCAUCCUGGUGUACGUGGCAGCUGCCGAGCAGGUCUGGAAAGACGAGCAGAAGGACUUUGUCUGCAACACCCUGCAGCCCGGCUGUGAGAACGUCUGCUUCGACCACUUCUACCCAAUAUCCCAGAUCCGCCUGUGGGCCCUCCAGCUCAUCAUGGUGUCCACUCCCACACUGCUGGUGGCCCUGCACGUGGCCUACCGCGAAAACAGGGAGAGCAGGCACGGCCGGAAGCUGUACGAGGACAAAGGCAGGAUUGACGGAGGCCUGCUCUGCACCUACAUCCUCAGCAUAGUCUUUAAAACCGCCUUUGAGGUCGGUUCCCUCCUGGCCUUCUACUUCCUGUACAGUGGCUUCAGCGUUCCCAGGCUGCUUCGCUGUAGCUUGGACCCUUGCCCCAACACCGUGGACUGCUACAUCUCCAAAGCCACAGAGAAGAUGGUCUUCCUCUACAUCAUGGGCUGCACUUCCAUAUUGUGCAUUGUACUGAACAUCUUGGAGAUGGUGUACAUCCUGUCCAAACAGUGCUGGAAGUGUUUUAGCAAGCGGUACGUCCCUAUUGAAGAGAGAGCUCACAAGCACGGUGGUCACACGGUCCCUGACAGUUUCUCCUCUGCCCUUCAGCACACAUUUAUCAAAGAUCAUACAGGAUCACAACAUCCAGCUACAAAUGGAAACCAACCCAUCCCUUCGAAAUCACAUUCCAUUUCAUAAUAGUUUGAAUAGAAUUCAGGACCUUUUUUGUCAGAUACUGUAACUUAGAAUUAGGCUUGAGUUUAAGGCCGUAAGGUCUCAGAGUCUUAACGGGGUAUCAUAUACUGAUUUGCACCAACCCCUAAACCCCCAAAACUAAUUUCACAAUGUCUCAUUGUAAUCUAUACUUUGGCUGAUUCAUUCCAUCGCUUUCCUCUUUCAUGGAACAGAUGAGUAAAAGCUUUGUGGUGAUAUAAACAUCUUUGUUUGAUAUAUCAACACUUAAAUUUAAAGGGGCACUGUGUAGAAUUCUGCCUGUAAUGUCAACAAGACAACGUUUAAACAAGAACUGCCACCGACUCAAUUGUACUGCGUGUCCGACAUGCGUAUGAGGAGACGGAGAACUGAUAGAUGGACUGCCGGGACAGUUUAAAUGGGGAGUAGCGGAGGUACUUGUAACAAUUUUGUUGAAAAAAUAUAUUUGAAACAUCAGCUUACAAAAGUAACAGCAGAUAUGUUCUGAACAUUUGUGCUAAUAUUUCUGAUAACUGUACAGUAAGUUUACCUCCUUAUGAUAAAUAGUGCUCUGCAGGUCUUUAAAAAAAGAAAGUCAAAUAACUUACAUUUAACAAUUGUAUGUUGUUAAGUGGUCAUAUAGUAUCAUAAGAAUUGUUUCACGCCAAGCAAUAAACAGACCAUUUGUUGAUUAUAUGAGC